GUAAAAGGGCUCCUAAGAAACUUCCUAAUAUUUGUAGGGAGUUUCUGACAUAUUUAUCUUUGACUUGGUGCAUCCAAAGUCCAGACGCAUGUCUAAGUUUUAGAUACAAAUUUCUCAUGAUAAUUUAUGAAUAGACUUGUACAUUAUUAUAUUUUUUUAGUAUAGUUAUUAUAGUAGGAGUUUCAGUAUUUUCGAAAAAAUAAUCUGGUCACAUUGAUCUACCCGCUCGCUCGCUAGCGCUCUGCUCUCUCACCUGAAUACAAUACAAAACUAUACAAAUUACAAAAUCAAAAAACCAGUUUCCGUACCGAUCACGUUCAUAUCGCUCGCGACAGCGAUAAUAUUUUUAGUAUAAGAAUUCUUUUGACUUUUGUCUGAGUCUCUGAGUCAAGAGUUUUCAAUAUUAUAUUCUAAAAAAAUGCAUAAAAUUGAUAAUAAACUUUAGAAAGGUUGUGUUGUUGUGAUAAAGGUGUGUCAUGUUUCGAAUUGGUGAACUUUAGUGUAUUCGCGUGAAAACAAGUGUUUUUUUUUAUUGUGAUUGUGCUCUAAAGAGAUGUUUUGUAAAUUGCAAAGUUUAGGGGCCGACUUCUUUUACUGAAUUUUCUAGUGAUGAUUGCACGUUAACUUCUCCCAACAUGUUGAUAACAAAAUGUACACUGCAAUCCAGUCGUAGAACAAAUUGAUCCUGAUGUUAUUUUCACACGAGCUAGGCUGAGUCAUGCGGCCAUGGGGUGCAACAAGGCUCUAUAUUCUGUUGGCGUUGUAGUCUUCGGAUUCAUUUGCUUCGUCAUAGGUGCCGUUGCUGUCGGAUUACCAAAUUGGGGCUACUUUUACAGCUAUGAUUCCGCCAUACAAAUCUCAAUGCAGUCAUACUAUUUGGAGAACCCAAACUACGAACAGGGCUACUUCGGACCAUGGAUAAUGUGCAAGAAGAUGUACUACAAUCGGGAGAAGUGUGGGGAGGACGUGUCCAAGUUCCGCCCGUCUGCGGCCGUUUACAUCGCAGGCGUGGUUGGUGCCAUCGGUGUUACAGUGCUCGGCGUGUUUUGCGUACUGUCCGUGCUGCAAUUGGCCAUGAUCUCUUCAAAGGAGCGAGUCGGCUUCAAGUACACUCAUCUUGUGAUGAUGAAGCUGGCCCUCGCGUUGCUCGCUGCGCUACUGUCGAUAGCUGCAGCUGGGCUCUUCGCUGUCCAAGGCGAUGAUAGAGGUUACUACUUGACACGGGGAGAGGCGUUCUAUGUCCAGAUCGUGUGCAUAGUCAUAAACUCUUUACUCUUCAUAAUGUCACUGUACGACGCGUUGUUCUCUCGCCGGAGCGGCGGUGAUCCCACGACUGCGGGCGAACCAGACGCUACCACUAUCAACAACCCUGGAUUCAAGGAAGGCAGGGGUAUUUCAAUGACUGACGCGUCCGGCAAGCCGUACAGUUCCAACGGCCAUGGCAGCGUCGGUUCCGUCAACACUACAGCUACAACACUCACCGGGCUAUCAGAUGCAAGCACAAUAACUAGAUCACCGCUCAGAUCUUCACUUAAAAAACCCCGGCCAAGGGAGGGCGAGCCCGGAGGCCUGGGCAUUCAGAACCCGGGCUAUUCGGGCCAUUCACCACCUCUAAACAGGAACGGAAGCCAGAAGAAAGUGCGAAUACAAACGCACAGCACCGAAGUGUGAUUGUUAAAGUGUGUGAAUUAGUGUAGUCAGUGACAUAAAAAGUUGGAGCAGCACUCUAGUGAAAUAUAUGAAAGUCAUCAACUCAAUAGUCAAAUAUCGGAAAGUUAAGAACAAGUCCAGAACCCAGGCUAAUCGGGCCAUUCACCACCUUUAAACAGCAAUGGAAACUGGAAAAAAGAGCGAAUACAAGUGCACAGCACUGAAAUGUGAUUCUACAGUAUCUACAUAAAAAGUGGAGCAGUGCUCUAGUGAAAUAAAUAUCUGUAAGUAAAGAACAAGUUGUGUCGACUCGACAAGUCUGAAGGUGAAGGUAAUUAUUUUAUCAACAUAGUUUUAUAUAGUUGUACAUAAACUUUUAUAGUCUACGUAAUAUCACUUCUCACUCGUCUAAAUAAGGAUACAGAAAUCUGAGUUUACUACUUUUACAGAAGACAUGGUUAUAAAUCAUGAUGCAAAGUACUUGUGGUACACCACUACCAUGCCAACAAGUAAAAGCAUAUGAACAAGAAAUGACAAAUCAUAAAUAAUGUUUCUCAUCUUAUGUAGAAAGUAGCUAAACCUGACCACAAAAGAUUACAGAUAUUGCAUCCAUUGUUAUGGUCUUUAUUAACUUUAAUACUAAACUUAGAGUUUUUAGCCAGCCACCUUUUACACUUUCACAUGAUUUAAAAUUACAUUAUGCAGAUUUUAGUUAAAACUGAAAGGUGUAUAGUAUAGCAAAAGGAUCACAUUUCAAUGAUGAAGUCAACCCACCCAUAUUGGUCUAAUAAAAAAAAACGACGGUUUGCACUCAGGGAGUGCCAGCGGAAGUGUAAACUUGAAUAUUAAUGUUGUGCAUUUUUGAUAUUUUGGAAUAGUUAGGGAAUAACUUUGCACGGAUUGAUUUAAUUAUCAGUAUAAAAGUACUAUCAUGUAUGUGGUAGAAUACAAUAUUUAUUUAUUGCACUAUCAUACACAAACAUGACAAUUAAUAUUACAUUAAAAAAGUUUAUCUCUCAGAAUCAACUUACAUGAAUCACGUUUGAGCGCACUUAGCGACAUCUAUUGUAAAAAAAAUGCAUUUUCUUCGCAAUAAAGCUGGACGUCCUAGAUAGAGAUUUAUUAUUUUAAUACGAUAAAAUAAAAUAUUACUAUGUUUCGUCCAAUAUAUUGAAAGUCAACAACCUUUCCAAUUUUAUUGUGUGUCACGAUGCGAUCAGCCCACGUGUUUAACCUGACGCGAGUUAAAAGAGUGUACAACGCCGCUAAAGAAGUUUUCCCUUCAAAAAAAAGAGUUAUGUAUUGUGGCAGUUUUGCUGUGUUUCUUCUAUCGCCUUCUAAUAAUUAAUAAUAUACUAACUGUCAGAAUUCAUUUCAUUUUGGGAGACCAAGAUAAAAGUAAAAAAAGUUAUAUUAGGUGAUUCACUGUUGUUUUUGCCAUUUUAACUUUUAUAAGAAUUCCUUUAUAAGCUACAGAUGAGUUAAGUCAAGUCAUUGUCAAAAAUGCUCUACAAUACUUUUAGAAAACAUAGGUACUACAAAAAGUUUAUUGUUGUUGUCAAACCGAUAUCUGCUAUGUGCACUAUUUAGAGAUUUCGACAUUUGCAUCAUUAUAACUUCUAUACUCAUACAGCUGUAAGAAUAGAGUAGGGGAGAUAUAGACUCUACUACAAAUGGAAGGGGCCCUCUAAUAGAAAGAGAAAGAAGAUGAGAGACCGCUAGCUUUCUCUCUCUAAUCGCGCAUGCGCAUUGGCAACCAUAAGCAUCUUACUUUUUCGAUGUGAAGCCAUUGGAUGCUAUGCGUCACAAGAGAGAGAGAUAGCUAGCGGUCUAUCAUCUUCUUUCUCUUUCUACUAGACGGACACUUUUAGAGCCGCCUUCUCCACUCUAGGAGUAUACUAACCGAAUUUUGGAAAAAAAAAACGCUUUGUGAAUCUUAGCAUUGCAACGUUGUUGGUGAACAGAGGAUGCUUAAAAAUGUCUACUAUGUGUCAGUAAUAUUUUUUGUACGUGCCAAUAUUGAUUUUAGAACAACCACUUUCUACUUACAGCAUUGAACUGUGAAACUUUUUUUAAAUGAACAUAUAAAUUGAUUAUAGAAUGAGAUUCUGGCAUAAUUUUUCAAACUUAAAACUAAAUUAAACAUCAGUCGCUCCUUUCCAUUCUGUAUAGAGAAUGCCAAGGAUACACUGUUGUCAAAUUUAAGUUUAGGUUUAGAGCAUCAUGUCAAAAUCGACACCAUAAAGCCAGAAACAUAUUAACAUAUCGUGGCGUGACGUGGCGCAUUGGUUUCAUACAUUUAUCAUGGGUUAGAGAGAGAUAGAGAGGUUAGAGCGUCGACACGACACGACACGUUAAUAUGUUUCUGGCUUUAUUUGUUUUUAAAUGAAGACUUGGGAGAAUAACAAUAAAAACCGGGAGUGAUAAUUAUGUUUAAUUAAUGAUAUUUGAAAUUAUAAUAAAAUUAAUGAACACUACAGUAGUUUUGAUGUACCUAUAUAGUUUUUGUUAAUUAAGUGAAUCUUGUUUGAAUUCCUUAUGAAUUAAUAGUCUACUUGUAAUCCAUCACAUUUUGAACUAAUUGUGGUUAAAUAUUCAAAACUGCAUAUCGGUAUUGUUAAGCCAAGAAUAAUUGUAUUUACUCUGCUCACAAAGGAAAUUUUUACUGUUGUAUUAAAUACAAAGGAAGUAUUUUGCUGUACUGCAAGCAAAAAAAUCAUCAAUUAUAUACUCUGGCAAAUUUCUGUAGUACCAACCAUGGACAAGGAGUCAUGUACAGUAGCAAUUUUACAUGCAAAAAAGUUUACUGCGCUAAUAAUAAAAAAAUACAUUUAAUUGUUUUUUUUUGCCUGAAAGAGAUUUGGAUGAUGAAAGGUCUGGAUUUUUAUUCUGAGUAUCUUUGAAUAUUUUCCAUAUAUAUACAUGCUUUUCUCAAAGGUCUUGUUGAAAUCUUUUGAUUAUUGUAAUAGGACCUGGUUAGUAAGAACUUAGACAUUGUACUAGCACUUUUUAAUUUAUGUAUAUUAUUAAACUUGAACAAAGUUCUGUAUUCAUAUUAUGUAUAUCUUUAUACACAAACAUACACUAUGUAUAUAACCAGCACGAAGUGUUGUAUAAAAAUGUUGUUUAUGUGUUAUUGUUACUAUUAUAUAUAUAUAUAUAUAUACUAGCUGACCCAGCGAACUUCGUACCGCCCUAAAAAAAUAGGGGUUGUCCAGCGGACAAAAUUGUGAAUCUAAACCAUUCUCAGAUCCCCUUGAACACACACAAAAAAUUUCAUCAAAAUCGGUCCAGUCGUUUAAGAGAAGUUCAGUGACAUACACACUCACAGAAGAAUUAUAUAUAUAAAGAUAUAUAUAUAUUUAGUGCUUGUUGUAUAGUUUCACGCAUUUUUAUAUUAAUAGAUUUUAUUUACUGAUUAGAAUAUACUUAAUUAUAUCUUAUAUUGCAAUAUAGAUUUUUUUAUAGAUAUUUAAAAUAUUUUAUAAAUGAUAUUGUAAAUACACAAUGGUAUUAAAUAAAGUUAUUUAAUAAAAAAGCCCACCAGACUUGUAACAAGUCUACAAUUUAGUGUUACAUUUUUCCAUUGCAAUGCAUUUCUUUUUUUUUCUAUAUUGUGCUUGUUAUCAAUCUUACGUAUUAAUCUAAAAAAUUUUACAAAAACGUAGCAAUAAUCUCAAAUGUUCUUCUGUAAUUGAAUUCAGGUUGUAGUAUGUAUUUUCGGUUGUUGGUAUGUUAUCUUUUUUGGAACAAGUCAAUGUGCCUUGUCCUUUAAUGUGUGCCUUAACUGAAACCUUGCAAUAAUCCAUUGUAACACUUGUGAAAAUCUAUUUUAUUUAUAGUUAUUUAGAUUAUUUCUCUAUCCGUCCAAACUCUGGUCUUAAAAUAAAAUUAAUUCUUGUAUGUUAUGUAAGUUAUUAGUAGAUGUUAAUGUUUGUUUUUAGUUUCUAAUUCUGGCUGAUAUAUUUUUAUUACAUAAAUUCACUGUUUUAAAGACCUAAAAAUGUUGACUUAAAGCCGCGUCUCGAGCGCGUGUUUUGCACAACACAAACACAAUCAACAAAAACAUCAACAUUCAACAAAAUCGUCUACACAAAACUUUGCUUCACAACACAUAUUUGUUUGCAUCAACAAUGGUUUUGCUUUCCGAGCACGAUACAAACGUACAAAAAUGACCUCCGCGUGGGUCAAGGGGCAGGGGUAUUGUUUCAUCAGUUAUUUUUAAACCACAAUUUUUCUCUCUGACGUUUGAAUUUUGACAUGAAAUGUAUGAAACUUUUGUCAUAUUUGACAUUAAAUUUGUAGCACCUGGAUCGUAGGUUUAGAACGCAGGCCUAUGUAUUUUUUCGCGUGUGUAGAGAAACAUGUUUCAGAUACAAAGUUUUCUCUAUGCGAUUAGAUGGGUCUCCAGCAAAAGUUUUUUGAAAACAUUCAACAUAAACACGUACACAAAACUGAAAAAUAAUUCGUACUGUCCAAUUAUUAUUGAUUGCCUUGGAUUAUUACAUGAAUGCUCUUUAAAUGGUUAUGGUGUAUCGAUUAUUUUUAUAAUUAUGGAUUCUAAUAUUCUAGGCAAUGAAAAAGCCUAUCAACUCACUAAAGAAGCCAUAGUUUCUGGCGACUUAUGAAAAUUAUUGUCAUGAUUUAACUUCCCAAGCCAAUGUAUUUUUAAGACAUUCUUGAGAUGAAGAAUGGCAUCUUAGUAGUUAAAAUAAGGGAACAUAUUAACGUAUUCAGCAAUAUAUUCCUUGCAAACCAUGGUUUAUUUACACAAGGCUUGGUAAAGUACCUACAACUAUUAGAACAAGAAAGAGGCUUGGACAUACCUGUAUGCUGUCCCAUUCAAUAAAAUAACACAUUGUUUAGGAGGAUUUGUGUGAAUGUGGCACUGCACUUGGUGACAUCGAUCAUAUUUUUUUCCUGUCCUCUUUAUGACCAUAAAUCCAUUUAUGAUAUCUUUGUUACCCACCGUAUCCCUCUUCCCACCUCGAUGACUUCACUUCUAUAUAGUAAUCAUAGUAUUGUAUAAUCCUUUUUUCCUUUUUUUCCCUACCUUUUAUUUGUCGUGGCUAAUAUCCAAGCCGGGUAGAGUCCACUAAAAUAGACUAAUACCCUGCCUCUCGACCCGCGCGGGGGUGAUUUGUUUUGCUCGAAAAGCCAAAACAUUGUUGAUGCAUACAAAUAUGUGUGGUGAAACAAAGUUUUGUUGAAUGUUGAUAUGUUUUUGUUGAUUGUGUAGGGCAAAAACACGCGCUGGAGACCAGGCUUACGAUAUAUCCGCCGGAAUAUUACUACCUAUAUUAUGUGUUCUCAUAAACAUAUAAUUUAUAUUUGUAAAAUUUUCAUAGAGCAACACAGAAACGUCACCCGUCACCUGGCAUCUGUGUUGCUCUAUGUAAAUUAUUGAUCUUACUUUUUUGUCAUUCCAUUAGUCAUUAUAAUAUUACUUUCAACGGAAUACUACCUUGUUUAGUAAGUUAGUACUUUUAAUAACAUUUCUAUAAAGAUAAGAAUUGGUAGUUGCAAAUGGUGGUACUUCUAUUUACCUCACUUAAUUAUUAUAUAAUUAUACGAGUGGGAGGUAAUUAGUAGAGUAUGUAUAUUGUUCAUGUAAAGUCACCAUUUUCUAUCCCCUUACCUUUAACUGACCGAGUACUUAUGUGGUUAUAAAUAUUUUUAAGUAACAUUUAAAAGGAUAAAUAAUCUCUGCAAAAGAAUAUCACACAAGUAAUCUCCGUCCGAAUUGUUUUUAUUUCUGAAUUCUAUCUACAAUAAUUAAUUCGUAAGUUACACUGACAAAUACAAUUUAUAAAGUUUGUAUGGGUGUUUUUAUUAAAAUAGCCUACAGAUGAACGGGUUUACAUGAAAGUUUAUGUCUACAAUUUGUUAGAGAAGAAACCGAUUGCAAAAUAAGAAAAAUAUUUCUGUUUCGACAAAAAAAUUCAUAAUUCUUGCUUAAUAAAUAACUCAGUGAUAUCAAGAUCAACUAUGAUACAGAUAAAACUGAAUUUUCUUGGCCGUUGAAAUCCAAUAUUUUUCUCAUAUUCGGUACGCAUAAAAAAUUGAGUGUCCUCUGAAAAAUUGAGUGAUUGUUGCCACUCCCGGGGCGGCGAGAAAGGCGUCACGUCUUUUCCAUACAUUAUAAAAAGGUUUUUUUAUCUGUGAGAAAGAACUGUAGAUUAGAUUAGAUUUCUUCAGUGAUGGCUCGAAAGAACUGUACACCUAGCACGAACCAAUAUCGAAUUCGUAUCGUUUGCGAGUCCGAAAUAUCAUUGUCAAAUGUGUACUGAUUUUUAGUUCUCGUUGCGUUCUUUGUGCCGCUACUGUUCAAGUUUACAUACAAAAUUUGGUAUUGACAUUACAGUUUGCAAACUAUUCGAAUUCGAUAAUGGUUCGUGCUAGGGGUUCUGAUCGAAGCAAUGUCACUGGACAAAUACUCUCAUCAUUGUACUUGGACAAUAUCCAAACAGACUGUCUACGAAAAUAUAUAAUAGUCUUAUACUUUAUCUUUGUAAUGGGGGCCCUCUCUUGGGGUGUAUUCCGUAAUAUAUACCAGUAUACUGAACAGUGCUAAUGACGACGUCGUGAAUCGACGCUGUACUGGUUAAUUGUUCCGAAAUAUACAGGCCAGUGCACUUACGUCAUAAAUCGACGAAUUAUUAAAAAAUGUGCGGAUAAAGAAGAUUUUUUUAUUCACCUCAUCAAUUAAAAGGAAUUCUCUUUAUUCGGAUGCUACCAUUGUUCUUUAAAUAAAAAAGAAAUAAAAUUCGAAUCACAGAUGAAUGAUUGGUCUCGCUUCACUCCACUAGAUACCGCGCUAUCAAAAAACAACAGCUCCGGAUAUGGGGCAACUCAUUAUUGUAGUGUGUGUAUGUCACUUUGCAAGGACGGUCAGUUUUGCCAACUCACAUUUUGAAAAUGACGUAGGUCCGAUGAGAAAAUUACGUAGAAUUAGUAAAAUUUGCAUAUGAAAGUUCGUAGAUUUACGUACUUUUUUUUUUAGUAAAAUGAAGAAGUUAGGAUAGGUAAAACCGAAUAAAACGAGUAUUUUGUUAUACAAUUUAUUUAAAAAAGGAAGAUAGAACAUAGAGUUCUUGGAGAAAACGCUGCAUUGGCAGCAUAUACCAUGCUGUGGUAGACAUUUACCAUCAGACACAGACACUGGUGACUGUCGAUUCUGGCAUGAUUUUCUAAACUUAAAACUUAAUUUAAGAUCAGUCUC